AUGCCAGACCUCACUGCCGCCGAGCUCAGCAUUCCGGCCGAGCAGCACCCCGAUCCCGCAAAGCCACUGGUGAUACCCGUCGACUCAACAGUGGUAGGCUCUACCCUGCGCUUCAUUCCGUGGUCUGUGGUGGGCAAUCCGGCCUUCCUCAAUCUGCCCCCUCCUCCUCCGGGGAUGCAACCGUCGUGGGUCCAGAUUCCGCAGUGGGUCGCCAUCAGUGCGCUGCUCCCCUUCAGUGAGCCCGAGCCCGCUGUGGCCACCCACUUUGACAGGCUCAGCGUCUUGCGGCUGGCCGAUGCGUUCCGUACGGUGUGCAUCCAGGCUCUGCACUCCCGCCAAAUCCCGGUGCCCGAGCUCUAUCUGCAGUGGGGCGAUUUGGGGUACACUGAGGCGAUCGUACCCUUGGGACCAGCGCCAUCUGCAGAAGCAAAGGCCGUCGACUUCUUGCAGUACGCGGCAGUCGGGGCUCUUUGCGACCCUACGGCCGACGUCCCGUUCGCAGCCCUGUCUGACAUGACCCGCUGCUUGGGGCCCGUCUUCACGGCGGCAGCGCGCGUCGAUCCCAUGGGGAGCGCCGUCGUGGGGGCUGCAUCGCUCGCCGCCGCCGCUGGUCACAUCACUCCGCGAGCGAGCGAUGGGCAUCCCGCCCUGCUCGCUCGGCAUGUGCUCAGCAUGCUGAAGACUACCCGCUCGAGUUUCCCGGCCUGCCUGAGGACCAACUCUUUUCAGAACUACUCUGCGGAGGUUGAGACUCGCGCCGAGUAUGAGGUCGUUCCGUGCGACUCGGCUCCCCCCGCAGACCGUCCUCAGUGGGGAGCCCUCCUUUUCCUGGGCGCACAUGGUGGUGGCGGCGACGAUACUCCAAACCGGCGAAGGCAUGGGCAGCUCGAGGAGGCGACCGCUGGCCCUCUCCUGUCGGACUGA